AUGGGAAGCCCCAAUAAAGACGCCAGUCUCAACGAGGCUGCCAACCCUUUCCGACCAGCUGAUGCGAACGUACCCCGACAACGCAAGCCAUUCUCAACAAUAUUUUUCCCUCCUAAUCCCCAUUUCAUUGAUCGUCCGAAAAUUUCAGACUGGCUCCAUACGAAAUGUGCCCAGCCGGCUGCUCGAGUCGCGCUUGUUGGCCCGGGUGGUAUAGGGAAAUCGCAGCUUGCCAUCAACUUUGCUCGUCAAACUCUAGAUCUGUCGUCUGAUGCCUCGGUAUUUUGGGUACCUUGUAGCAAUCGAGAUCGAUUUGAAGAGGCAUACUACGUCCUGGCGCACGAACUAAAGCGACGGGGACAAAAAAGCUCUACAAAAGUCGUCCCAUCAGUUGCAAAGUGUCUUGACGAGGAGGAGAAUGGGCCAUGGAUCAUGAUCCUCGACAACAUGGAAGACGAUAAUGCCUUCUUCACGAGCCAACAGUUUGCGGCAUCCCUCCCGCAGAGCCGAAAUGGGUCGAUCAUCCUCACGUCUCGCAGCAUAGACGUAGCAAGGCGAAUAGUAGGCGGUGUUGAGAAUGUCCUCCAGGUGCCCGCAAUGGAGGGCAACGAAUCACAUCAACUCUUGCAACAGAAUCUUGGAGAUGAAUAUAACCAAGAAGCAGCGACCGACUUAGCAUCGACUCUCCAGCAUAUUCCCCUCGCUAUCAUACAGGCAGCCGCUUUCAUCAGACGACAGAAACCACCAAUUUCAAUACCCACAUACCAAAAGGAGUUCCGAGCUCGCGUUCACAAUCCGAAUCCUCUUUACCCUGAUGUGAGCCGACUCCAUCAUGCUAGAAGUGCCCCAUCUUCUGUUGCCACCACUCUUCAGAUCUCAUUCGAACAGAUUAGUCGCGAGAGACCAUCCGCCGCUGAUCUACUAUCAUUCAUGAGCUUUUGUAGCCCACAUGGAAUUCCUAAGUCUGUGCUUCAGGAUUAUAUCCACAGUAGAAAAGACAGAGCAGGCGACCCCGAUGUGAACCUUGAUGAGGAUCUUGAAGUCCUUGAUGGAUACUCGUUGGUAACAAGAGCAGGCCAAAGUGGAUUUUCCGGAAUUCAGCCGUUGGUGCAGUUUUACAAACGGGCCUGGCUCUCAACAUCUGAUUAUCAGCGAUGGAGGCGAGAGGUCUUACGGUUAGUGUCGCAUGAGCACCCACUAGAUGUCUACGAGAACUGGGGAGAGUGGCGGAUACUGCAACUUGACAUCGACGCGAUUAUAGACGAAGAGCCAGGGGACAAGGAAUACGCUUCGACGUGGAUAAAACUAAUUUCUAAUGUGGGAUGGCAUCGAUACCGAAGAGGAAAUGAUACUGAGGCGGGGGUAUUCAUCCAGCGAGCCCUCGAGGUUUGGGAGCGAGAACUUGGAAAAGACGACCGGCAUAUUAUUACCAGCAUUGGGGGCCUCGUAUCAUCAUUGCAAAAUCGGGGCAAGCAUGAAGAAGCUGUAAAGAUAUGCCGAAAAGCUGUCGAAUCAAGCAGGAGGGUGCUUGGUACAGAUGACGCAGACGCGGUUGCUAUGACCAGGAGACUUGCAUCAGUGUUGCGCGAUCAAGGCCAAUACGAGGAAGCAGAGACAAUCUAUCGACAAGCUUGGGGGACGAUGGAGAGGGUCUAUGGGAGCUCUGACCGGGACACGCUGUCUACUCUCAGUAAUGUUGCUAUGGUCUUGUAUGGCCAAGGGAAGCACAAUGAGGCAGAGAAGCUCUACAGACAAGCCUAUGAGGCGAUGGAGAGGCACCUUGGUAAAGAUGAUCGAGAUACCCUCGAGAGCAUCUACAAUCUGGCUUCGGCGUUGUAUGCCCAGGGCAAGUACGAGGAGGCAGAAAAAAUGUAUAGACAAGCUGGAGAGGCGAUGAAAAAGGUCCUCGGAAAAACCCAUCCAGACACGCUCAGGACCAUCAACAAUCUCGCAUCCACAAUCCGGGCUCUCGGGAGAUGGAAAGAAUCCGAGGCGCUUUUCAAGCAAGUGAUGGAGACACGAGCGAUGGUACUGGGAUCUGAACACCCCCAUACGCUAACUACCAUGGCCAAUCUAGCCUUGACCUACGGACGUCAAAGACGAUGGAGAGAAGCCGCAGGGUUGGGUAAAAAAGUGAUGGAAUCAAGGAGGCAAGUAUUAGGUGAGGAUCAUCCGGACACGAUCACGAGCAUGGUUAACUUAGCGGCUACAUUUGGAAACGAGGGCCGAUGGAAGGAAGCUGGGGAAUUAUUCUCUCGUGUAAUGGAGGCGAGAAAGCGAGUCUUGGGAGAAGAACACCCUGAUACGGUAACCAGCAUUGCCAACGUAGCCUCAACCUAUCAAGAUCAAGGAAGAUGGGAAGAGGCCGAGCAGCUGGGAGUCCAGGUUUUGGAAGUGAGAAAGCGAGUGCUUGGAGCGGAUCACCCUGAUACUCUUUCCAGUAUGGCUUCCCUUGCCUUUUUUAGGAAGGGCCAUGGCGAUGAGACGAAUGCGAUAAACUUGCUGGAAAAAUGCCUGAUGAGCCGCCAACGAAUACUGGGUCCUAAUAAUCCCGACACGAUAUUCACUCGUUCAACUCUCAAGAAGUGGAAAGGUAUCAGGAUCUGGGCUCAGGUCUCCGAAACUGACGACUCUGAUAUCGAAACUUCAGCCGCUUCGUACUCUUGGCCGCGACCGAACUCAACAAACCCGUCUUCGCUUCCAUACGCUGGUACCGCAGAUUGGGACCAAGUGGCCAAGAGUCGUCCACCUACGACCUUUUUCAACUACAAGAUGCCUGAAAUCGAACGGAAGCCAGACAAGAGAGAUGAGAGCGAUAUCCAAUCAGUUGAGUCUAUAUCAGACGAUAUCGAGUCCUUGGCCGAAUCUCAGUCGGCCAUGGCGGAUUACCGACAAGCUGCGGUGAACUACAUUGUGAGCAAGUUUGCUGCCAAUUCCAGCCUACUAGUCCUCUACCAAGAAGCGGCUCAGAGUAUGGGCGAGGCAAAGUUUGUGAGAAAUCACCGCCGUUUGUUAAAGAAACUGUUGCUGGACCUACGCUAUGAAGGGACAUCGCCGUCUCAAAAGUUGGCGGUCGAGUUUUUGCGAUCGCGAAGCAAGCGAACUCACAUCUCACUCGGGAUCCGCAACCUUGUUACGCCGUCGGAUAAUACCAUUCGAGAGGAAGUGACUCUGAUGCUGAAACAAGAAAAGGACAAUCUAUUCCUUCUCAACCGACUUCUCGGAGAAAAGGACUCGGAACUACGGCCCGCGCCUAUCGACACUGCUUCUCAUGGUGAGCCAAGCGUACGGUUUCCUGACCUAGAUGGAGACACUGCUAGCGAAGGAAGCGAGAGUGACAGCAGUAGUAUCGAUGGCCAUGGAAGUGACAAUGAGAUUGAGAUUGGAGUAGAUGAUGCGCUUUCCAAUCUGGAGGCGACGGCAGAGUUCCUGACCUCUGGACGACCAUUCAAUCUAUACAUGGAAAAUCUCCGCAGAUUUUUGCGUUCCUUGCCUAUGGCAACCGACUUCAAAGACGACCUAGGAUCAGAUUCCGUAGCCACUUGUCUAGUGUCGGGGCAAUUAUCGCACGAGAAGAUUGAAAAUGGCCCGAUGGAAGAUUUCUCAUCGAGUCAAGCAGAGCUCAAUCCAAAGACACCCUCAUCGCUGUGGCUUUGGUUUAUGAGUAUCUACUCUCCACCACCGGUUGGCUAUCAACGCCUAUCUUACACAUGCGGCUGUGGAGAAGUUUCCUACGUCGACGUUCGGGAGCUAUCACCAGGUGGAAUCGAUCGAUUUCGGAGGAGACUAAUCAACAGUGUCUCUGCUGCCAGUACCGGGAAAGAAAACCCACCGUCUCCAAAUCACCCAACCCCUCCACCUCAAGCUCAUCUGAAGACAUCAGUGAACACGCCACAGUUAAGCAUCUUGCAUAUUCCGCAUCCGACCCCGCCAAUUGUUGCCCAACCCGGAAACAUCUCCCCCGAGAAGACGGCCGUUGAAAUCUGCGGCGAUCCCGAAUACAUUCUUCUUUGCAUCAACACGAAGAAUUCAACGGCUCUUGCCCAUAUUGAAACGAGUCUUCUCAGCAGCGAUCAGUAUCUAUUUCGGCAGAUUUUUGAUGAAUAUCAAAGAGUUAGGAGGGUGAAUGAGUGGAGGAUCUCAUCCAUUAUUCCAUCCUGGGUCAAGACUUCACUCCAUUCGAUUUCAGAACGGGUACCAAGCCCUCCGUCGCGAAUAGGCUGGCUUAUUUACCCCUUGUCCCUCCGAAAUAUCUGGCGGGGAUUCCACCUGCACAAGAUUACAUCUGGAGACUUUGUCCGAUUUCGUUUGAUCCCUAUACGAGAGGAAUGUUGUCCUAGGUGGUUCAAGAAGCGAGAACUUCCCCCAGAGACAGAAGUAAAAGCAGGGAGAUAUCGCUAUGAACCUGUCCCAAUGGACGAUGUCGAGCUUGCCGAAAUUCCAUUAUCGCACUUGCUUAAGCCUGGCCCUCACACUGACAGGUUCUGGAUAACGACGUUUCCCAAAAAGCUCCGUGAGCAGUUGGUCCGGCGACCAGGUGCUGAUGGGCAGCGGGUUAUAGGAUGGGGUAUACGCAUUAACGAGGGGUUAAACUGGAGCUAUAUUCUGCUUCUAACGCUGAUGUCACUAAUUGUGAUUGGGAUUAUUGUAAUUGUUUAUGCGAUGGCCACCUCUGAUGGAUCCGCGGCUUUUGGUUUGGGGGCAUUCUUGGUUGCGGUGUUUACGGUCUAUAGGCUCACCGAUGUGACGUCCUCUCCUGAGAACAAGCUCAUGUUCACCAAGUCAGCAGCCAUAGCCGCUCGUAUCAACCAAACGUGA